GACGUUUUGGUGACCCGUGCAUCACUCCACGCAGGCAUGGCUGCAGAGCCGGGGGCGAUGAUCCUGCUGGAGCGACACGGCGACGGAGCCGAGGUUGCCCUGGUGACCCUGAACCGCCCGCGGGCCAGGAACGCGCUCUGUGACCUGCUCAUGACGCAGCUGGCCGAUACGCUGGACCAGCUGGAGACUGAUGACCGGGUCAGAGUGGUCGUCAUCACCGGGCAGCCGGGCGUAUUCGCCGCUGGAGCGGACAUCAAGGAAAUGCUGCCGAAGGAGUUUCCCGCGGUGGUGCAGCCGCCGUUCCUGCAGCACUGGGACCGCCUGAGCCGCUGCCAGAAACCAGUCAUCGCUGCUGUCAACGGCUAUGCUUUGGGUGGAGGCUGCGAGCUCGCCAUGAUGUGUGACGUCAUCUACGCCAGCGAUGAGGCAGUGUUCGGUCAGCCAGAAAUAACCCUAGGAACGAUCCCCGGCGCUGGUGGUACUCAGCGACUGUGCCGCACCGUCGGCCGACCUCUGGCCAUGGAGAUGUGUCUGACCGGCCGCAAACUUACCGCCGCUGAAGCACUCCAGGCGGGUUUGGUCGGUCGGGUUAUUCCUGCUGAAAAGCUUCUUGAAGAAGCCUUGAAAACGGCUUCAAGGAUUGCUGCAAUGUCUCCUAUAGCUACUGUGCUUUGCAAGAAAGCAGUAAAUGCUGCUCACCAGACAUCGCUGUCGGCGGGGCUGCAGUACGAGAGGGACCUGUUUUACGCCACGUUCGCAACGGAGGAUCGGCGAACCGGCAUGGACGCCUUUAUACAGAAACAGGCGCCUGUGUUUACUGGGAAGUAGGCUGUCUGUGUGACAUGGAAGCUCCUCGGACCUGAGGACGGAUGCGACCCUCUGAGAUUGAAUUUGUCUACGAAUUUCAGAAUUCCUGAAUAUGGUGAUACGUGGACCCGAGGAAAUUUAUAAUUGUAUGUAUGAAUGUAAAAAGGUACGUACACAUAAUCCAUAGCCUGGAAGUCCCGUUUUUUAGUCAUUAGCGUGCAGUUCACAGGAAUGUGUUGGCGGAGGAGCCGUGACAUUGGUAAUGAUCUAGACACAACAUAAAUAAAGCCUAGAGCUCAACUGCA